GAUUUCGGCGCCAUCUUAAAUUGUAGGAAAGUUGCAGUUUAAUAAUAAUAAAUCAUAAGUCCAUUGCUAUGGAAACACGAGCUCCAAAUUAACCAUUUCCAACUAAAACUUGUAUUAAUGAUGACAUAGAAAAAGGAAGCAAGAAUGAGAAAGGAUGGCACACUGCGGACGUACGGUCGUCACAAGAAUCGGGUGAUUGUAGCUACGGACACCUGGUUAUCUGACCAGGACAAGAAGACUGGAGUGUUCAGUACGUCUGGAGACUCGUCCAAGUCUGGCAUAUUUCAUUCCAGUAGCAGCAGUGGUCAGGACUCGUUGAAUUCAACAGGUGGAAGUUGUUUUACUAGGCAAAGGAACGGAGUUAAAAAUCCAAGACAACCUGGCAAGCAGGGAAUCAAUAAGGAGAACCAAAAUGUGCCUGUCAAGGACCCCAAAAUAUCAAAAAACAAAGUCAAGGUUGAUGGCUUCUCCAUAUCUUCGUCCAGCAGCCAUUCUCCCUGCUCUGAGUCUGGUCAACGGAGGCCUGCCUUGAGGGACAGAAAUAAACAGGUUGACUACAAUGACUCUGCAAACCUGAAAAAACAGCUUCGAGGGGCCACAGUGAAGCGAAAAAGGCCUGUAAAAACAACAGGGAAAGAGCAUAUGAAAGAAGACAUUAAUUUCAGUGAUUUUGAUAAUUACAGUUUGGUGAUCUCUGACUCCCCAGUUGACGGAGUGAAACCUGUAAGUAGAUUGUCUGUUGAAACCAGUACACCCCUAGCAAAGAGGACAAGAAGGGCUAAGAAUAUUCAAGUAACAGAUCUGUCUCACAUUGAAGCUUUUGACAGUCCGGUGUUGGAUACCGGCUAUUCCAGUGUGCAAACUCCUGAAAGUGGCCAUAGCGCCAGUAUCUUCAACACGCCUUCACUUUGCUCCUCUGUAGGGUCACGAAACUGUUCAAGUCCAGCUAUUAAAUCAGGGAACAUAAGACAGACCCGUGCCAAUUGUCUUAUUCAGCUACAUAAACUUAGUCAUGUAUCUUUAUCUUACUCUGGCAGUUCAAAGUCCCAUGCAACACAAAGUAGACUUAAUUGUGUUAACUCUAAUAUUAUUGAUAACUCUGCAAGCUUAUUCAGUUCUCCUGGCCUUCCACGGUUCACUAGAGUGACAGCUAAACUGCAGAAAUUGCAAAAUUCAGAAAUAUUUCCUGAUGGUGAGAGUAACGAAAGCGAUCAAAGUGAAGGAGAGGAAGAAGUGUCAUCAGAUGAAAGCAGUGAUCUUGCAGAGAGUAAAGAAGAAGAUGAGUUUGAGGAGGAUGUUUUAGAUGAAGAGGAUGAAAUUGAUGAGUCAGAAGAAGAGGGAGAAGAUCAGAGUGAUGAUUUAACAGAAUUGAGUGCAAUACAUGAAGGUGAAGAAUUGACAGAUGAAGAGGAUAGCAAUGAAUCAGAACAGAUAAGCAUUCCAAAUGACCAGUCCAAUACUAGUCAACAAUUUGUUAGAGUUACUAGAAACACUUGUAAAAAGAACACAAAUAAUAAAGCAAUGGAACCUUCUGUAGAUUUCGAAAAGUUAUCAGAGAGUUUGUUAAGUAAUCACAUCAAUGAAAGACGAGUCAAGAGAAAAACGAGGAGAAAGGUUGUAGCAGAUAAAGAAAGUGUUGAUGAAAUAAGUCAGUUGAUGGAGCAGUCCUAUAUUAAAGAGUCCUGUGAUUCAAACACAACUUUGUACUCCUUAGCAACAGACGGUAUUGCCUCAACUCAGGAGCAAGAUGAGAGUGAUGAAGUCGAAGAAGAAAACCAUGAUGAGGAUUAUAAUGAUGAUGAUAAUGAUGUUGAUGAUGAUGAUUAUGAUGACUAUGAUGGUGAUGCCGAAGGAAAGACUGAAGAAGACAAAGAACAUCCUUGUACCCCUCCAAGGAAAAAGUACAGUUUGAAGGACUCUCGGCUCCAGGAACUGCACAAUUCUUUUUCGGAGAUCCUUACUCCAGGCCGCAGGAAGAGUUCCCUGGUUCCCCUGUCUGCCCAAGCUCGGGUACUGCUCCUGUGCGACCAGACCGAGCCCAUCACAUUCAGGGAUGCCUUGCCAGGAAAAAUGCUCUCCAAGUGCAAGAAGGUUGGGGAAGGGGUGUACGGGGAGGUGUUCCGAAGCACAAACCAGAAAAACGAGUCUGUAGCCAUAAAGAUAAUACCCAUUGAGGGCGAUCUAGAAGUAAAUGAUGAACCACAGAAGAAGUUUGCAGAGAUUUUGCCAGAAAUUGUGAUUGCCAAAGAGCUGAGUGGCCUGAGUAGCUGCAGUGGCUCCCGGACAGCCAGUUUCUGUCGUGUCAACGCCAUACACUGUGUGCAGGGCAAGUACCCCCUAGAACUGCUCAAACACUGGGACCUAUACCAUAAGAACAAGGGGUCUGAAAAUGACAGACCAGAUAUGUUUCCUGAACAUCAGUUAUACAUCAUGUUUGAAUUUGAAGACUGUGGUACAAGUCUAGAAUCCUAUGAGUUGACGACAAUCUCUCAAGGUAAGAGUGUGCUGACCCAGGUAGCCUACGCGCUGGCGGUGGCAGAGGAGAGGCUGCAGUUUGAGCACCGAGACCUCCACGUGGGCAACGUGCUGGUGAGAGCCACGGACCAGGAGGAGAUAGCCUUCAAACUGCUGGGCAGGACAGUCACUGUGCCCUCCAUGGGUAUCCAGGCCAGUGUGAUCGACUUCACCCUCUCCAGGCUUACAAAAGAUGGCUGCACAGUGUUCACCAACCUUGCGGAGGAUGAUACUUUGUUUCAAGGCAAGGGAGACUACCAAUUUGACAUCUACAGGACCAUGAGGAAGGAAAACAGCAACAACUGGGAGAGGUUUGUUCCUCACAGCAAUGUUCACUGGCUACACUACCUGGCUGACAAGGUCGUGUACAGAAGGAACUACCCCAGCCAGUCGGGGCGCCAGGACCGCGACACUGUCCGCCAGUUCAGACAGUUUAUGUCAGGCAUGUUGGAGUACAACAGUGCCUUAGAAAUGGUGGUUGACAGCCUCUUUCUUAACACCUGAAGAAUGAAGACUGGAAGCAAUUGCUAGAUUACAAAGCUUUUGGAAAUGGAAACGUUGAAUAUUGUCCUGUUUUAUCCGAAGGAUGAACACGUGAAAAUUUAAGCAUGCUUGACUUUGUCACUGAAGAAGGUUCUCAGUCUUUUACAGGUAUUGGAAAAUGGUCUUUAUAGUCAGUUUCGGAACAUACAAAGAUACAUGAUGUGUUGGCAAAAGCGGAGAUGAUAGGCAAUUUAAACCUGUGGUGGCUGAGCACUUGAAAUAAUAGAAUGUUUGUGCAUCUCAGUGUUACAAAAACUGCUAUUGAUAAUUUUUUCUUGAACACAUGACAUUUGAAAACCAAUAAACAAUGCUUCAUUACAAAGUGCUUCAACUAGAUUGACUUUUCCUUUAAGCCUUUAAGGAGUAAAAAUGUGCAUGUCUUGUUGACACAAUUUUUAAUGGUUUAUAUUUCAAAACAUGAAGGAUGUUAUCUUAUAAAAUAUUUUUUACAUGAACAGUAGCCAGGGAAUGGUUUAAGAAAUCUUGUUUGUUAAAAAAAACCAAUGAUAAAAAUAUUCAAAAGGGGUAAACAUGUUUUGCUUGGUCACAAUAGAAGCAUCUCACUUCUUGUUUUGAAUAAAUUGUUUUUGGACAAGGAAUUAAUUUUUUAUGCAGCUUUGCUUUUAGCACCAGCACAGUUUUAUGUUUCAUAUGCUGGACUUUCUAAACAACCCCGCAUUGAAAGUUGACAAACAUGUUUUGGCCCUCAGAGACUACUUAGGUGCUUGUUGGUUGGUUUGGUUUGAUGUGUUUUCUCCAAGUGCAGUGAAAUAGAGCUGAAUACAGACAGCUAGUAUGAGAUCAAGGAAUGCACUUUUUAUGUGCAAAUUGUGUAUGAAAUUUUGGAAAAUGUUUCAGUUAGGGAAAGUAAAUAUAAAUUACUAAAUAUUUGGGAAACAAUUUUAAUUGUUGAACUUGCUAAGUAGCCAUGAUUUGUUAUUUAAAGUUGUUUCAAUAUAAGCAUUAAUGAAAAAAUUAUGUAGUACAGUCAGUCAAUAUGACAACAAAUAUAUACUCUGGUCUGUUCCAGAGGUUUUAGAUGUGUUCCUAUGAGAAAUUAAGUUAGUAUGCUUCAACUAAAUGACAAGAAAAAUUGUACUUAAUUUUUAUUUUUAUCUUGAACAGUUUUAUUCUUAGUCAUGUGAUUUGAUUAUGCACACAGUAAAUGUUAUUAUGUUUUAUGAUGUUUUAUAAGUAUUAUUUUUUCAUUAUAAUACCACAUGAAUUGUCAAUAUAUUUUGAUGAUAUUUAGAUAUGACUGACUCCGAGGAUGAUACAUGGUGUGAGCAGGAGAAGAUAACUCCUACAAUGUAGUUGUGAUUUGAGUCGUGUCAUGCACAUGGGUCUUACGUCAUGUGUGGCUAGCCUAGCCUCAAACCAGCCUGCACAGCGGCACAGUCUGGUCAGGAGCCAUGCUGUCCUCUAUCUAUAAAGUCACUCAUGGUUUAGGCAGGCUGUCAAGCGGUCCUACUUUUUCAUCAGGGUCCUACUUUUUCCUAUUUUUUUUACAUAAUCUUCCUACUAUUCCUACUUUUUCAUUUUAAAUGGAGAUUAUUUUUUUUAAAGAGUUUAUUUAGUUAACUUGCAGGAUGAAUAAAUCUAUGGCAUGACUGUAUCCUUGUUAAGGUGCCUUCAUCUAGAUGAGACCUGACAACCCAUGCUGACACCUCUUCAGGAAGUAUAGAUAUUUAUUUCUUAUGUAACGCUUGAAAUUAUUGACAAAAGUUGUUUUUUAUGUCCCCCACCACUAUAGUGGGGGACAUAUUGUUUUUGCCCUGUCUGUUGGUUGGUUGGUUUGUGUGUUUGUUUGUUUGUUUGCUCCAACUUUAACAUUUGCCAUAACUUUUGCAAUAUUGAAGAUAGCAACUUGAUAUUUGGCCUGCAUGUGUAUCUCAUGGAGCUGCACAUUUUGAGUGGUGAAAGGUCAAGGUCAUCCUUCAAGGUCAAAGGUAAAAAAAAAAGUGGCGCAGAAGGGGACAUGGUGUUUCUGACAAACACAUUUCUUGUUUUAAGUAACAAUAGUGCCUUGUUUACUCCCUUAGCAUUUUUACACUGCAGACUUCACUACCUUACCUACCAGUGAGGGAACCCAUUGCUUAUUCCAGUUUUAUUUUGUUUCCAUUGACAACAAUUUGACCAAACCUUAUGCAUGUUUACAUGAUAUUGCUGUUUGGAAUGUAGAGAUAUAGAGAUACAUGAUUGUAUUGUAUGAGUGGUUAUGUAAUAUGGAAUUUAUUGCACAAGCUAUUUGAAAAAGAAAAACUGAUGCUUU